UAAGAUACAGAAAAUGGUUGGGUUCACCUUCAAUAGGUUACAUUUGCACAUGUAUUGUCAUUUUUAAUGUUUAUUAUCCAUAUUGCUAUUAUACUCCUAAGGUGAAUAGCCCUUUCAAUUUAUUUUAUUUACAAUUUAAAUCCAUUUUUCAAGCCAGUUUGGUUUUGUCCCUAAGAGCUCCUUUGGAUGCAUUUUAGCUUCAGAGUCAUGAAACACCACGUUUUGUCCUUCCAACAGAAGCAGAUUUGUAAACUCAAAAUGCAACAUAAACAUAUAUUUAAAAUGCUGUGAGUCUUCGGUCUGGAGUCUGCCCACUUAUUUGUUAAUAUUUUUGUUUGUUGUUUAAAGCUGUGGCUCAGGAGAUUAAUCGGAAGGUCGGCGGUUCAAUCCCUGGCUGCAUGUUGAAGUGUGCCUGGGCAAGAUACUGAAGCCUGAAUUGCCUGGUGGCUGUUCCACCAGUGUGUGUGGAUCCCAUAGACUGUAUAUAAAAGGUGGAUCCCAAGCAAUAUUCCAUCAUGCAGUUGGAGGCUCAAUUGCGUCUGUGCCAGAGUUGUCUGUGGUGCUGCAAGAGUGGGCUGCGUCUGCUCUCCCAGAGCUAUGCACACAGAAAAUCUGUGAACUACUACGACCUCCUGGGAGUGAAAUCUGAUGCCACCUUGGAGGAAAUUAAAAAUGCAUUUUUUGACAAAUCUAAGAAGCUGCACCCAGACAGCAAUCCAUCCGACCCAGCGCUCCACAGCCAGUUUGUGGAGCUGAACGAGGCCUACCGAGUGCUGAGCAAAGACCUGAGCAGGAAGGAGUAUGACUUCAAAGUCAGACAUGGGGGCCAGGCCUUCAGAUCUACCUCCAGCUACAGAGCCAGUACGGAUACCCAGGAGAGCAUGCGGUACUGGGAGCAGUUUCAUCACUCUCAUGCACAGGAGGCAACGCCAGAGGAAUGGCAGAGGAAGAGGAGGAGGAACUUCCGCCUGGUUGGCUACUGCAUCAUCGCUAUGGUGCUCAGUGUUGGAGCUCACGUAGUCUUUUUCAGGAAACUGGAAGAAGUUCACAAUAACUUCAUGGACGAGAAAGAUCGAGUCAUCACGGAAAUUUACAAUGAAUCCAAAGAGAGGGCCAGGAUCAAUGGUUUCAAGAAGCAGACAGAAAUCCUGCGGCAGAAACAUGCUGAGUUUCUGGAGAAAUAUAAAAUCCACAACGGUGGAGAGGACAAAUAGGAGAGUCUCCAGCUGUGCUCAGUGAUGAUGGAGUUCAAACUGCCAGCAGGUGGAAGAUUGGAAACAGGCUGAAUGUGGUACAGGUUUUAAGGAUUUUAAAGUUUUUAACUAAUUUAAGCUAAAAAUGCCUGGGGUUUGUCCUCAGCACCACAACUGAGGACUUGAAGAUGCACAGGUGAACAUGUGGUAGGGUUUCGUCUGGUCAUACAAGUGUUUCUUCAUGACCAAGCUGAACUGUACAUCAGACUGGACUGGUCUGUUGAAGCGUUUAUAGUUGGUAAAAUGUUUGAAGUGAUGUGACCGUGAGAAGGAUCUACCUACUGAAUGUACACAAUACUCUCUGUGCCAUAAUGACCACAGUUCUCUGAAGAACUCACCUGUACAUGUUAUUACAUUACAUGUUUUUCUGUUUUUUGACUGCCUUCCCUCUUCCCUUAAGAGCUGUCAGAAAGAAAUGAUUAAAAGAUCAACUUUUUCUCAUCAAUCGUUA